AACGAGUAUGACGCUCCAUGAGCUGUUCAAGGAUCUUCCCUGCAACAUUGUUUACAUAAAAUAUUACAAACAACAUGAAUGCCUAUCAGUAGCAGAGUGGUUAAAGUACAACCCUAUGACCGCGUACCUUACCACGCGGUUGUUAAAUGACAGAACAUCCAAGCAUAUUGUUAAAAAGGCAACGUACAUACAUGUAUGUGUUUGCACAGGCACAGAAAAUUCAUUGAAAGACAUUUAUUAGUUCAACAAAUAGUUCUUAAGCACUCUAAGGUGUCCAAGGAACUUAUUAACAAGAGUUAACUGUGAGGAAUGGGUCUGAAGGAAAAACUAAUUUGUAUUUUUGGGUAAGCUUGUGUACAUUUUGUUUUUUAACCAUGAGCAUUACUUUUUAUAAAGUCAACAUGUAAGUGAUAAAACAAGUGGGAAUAUUCAACAGAUACUUGACGGGAAAGGGGCAGAGAGCUAUAAGGAACUUAGGGAUCUCUGCAAUUCUCUAAGCAGGAUGGUAGUAGGAGCAUCUCCCUUUUAGGGCAGGUGGGAAUUUACUCUAAAACUGGAAAAAACUGGAGCUGAUGAUAAACCCAAUCCCGCUUAAUUCCUGGCAGCCCAGGUCUUCCCAACCACACGAUUUUGAGAUAUGACUCUGUAGGCGGUGUGAAAUCGAAGCCGAGGGAGCUGCCGCUUGGGGCUCCGGAUGCAGCUCACAACGGCUCAGCGUCCAGUUGGACGGGGCUCUGAUUCUGGAACUGCCCUCCCCAUUUUACCAAGGACGCAACGCAGGCUCCAAGGGAUCACGGGGCUAGGAUGGGAUUCAAAGGCCACACUCCUCUCACGCUCCGCUCCGCGGGCGACUCGUGUCCUGCAAAAGCGGGCAGCCACCGGGUGCCUGGGCAUUCAGUCCGCAGGCCAGAGACCAGCACCUCAACGGCGGCGUCCGUGCGGAAGGGGGCGGAGUGUCCGGGUCCUGGGUCCCGAGAAACCGGGAGCUCGGCGUAAGCCCCGCCCCCAAGGUCACUGCGUGCCUGUCUUUCCGUCUCCGCAGCGCCUGCGGCUCUUGAAGAUGAAGGAGUCAGUCCGUCCUGGGCCACGGCUGGGCUUCUCCGGCGCUCUCGGCGUCCUUCUCGGCUCCACGGCACCUCCGCUUUCCAAGCACCCGGGGCCGCGGGCGGCUGCGGCGACAUUAGCCGACAAGACGUAAGGAAGGCAAGCCCGCGCCCGCGGGACCUCGCUAAGGCGCCUGCGCGGUGCGGGAGCGCGGAGAGGGCGCGGCUGGCCGCGGCUGCGGCUGCGCAAAGGCGGUGCCAGGAGCUGCGCCUGCGCACUGGCGGGGCGGGGCGGGAAGAAGGGAGGCGGCGGCAGCGGCGGCGGCUGCUGAAGAGGAGGAGGAGGAGGAGGAGGGGGAGCGGAGGGAGGUGUUUCUGUCAGUUCCGGCUGUUUGUUCGGGAAGUGGAUCCGCCGCUGCUGAAGCAGCCCGGAGGGAGCUGCGGAUCGCGAGGCCAGCACCGACCCCGCCCGCCCGCGCGCUCCUCCCCCGCCCGCCAUGGCCCGGGACUACGACCACCUCUUCAAGCUGCUCAUCAUCGGCGACAGCGGUGUGGGCAAGAGCAGUUUACUGUUACGUUUUGCAGACAACACUUUCUCAGGCAGCUACAUCACCACAAUCGGAGUGGAUUUCAAGAUUCGGACUGUGGAGAUCAAUGGGGAGAAAGUGAAGCUGCAGAUCUGGGACACGGCCGGGCAGGAACGCUUCCGCACCAUCACCUCCACGUAUUAUCGGGGGACCCACGGGGUCAUCGUGGUUUAUGAUGUCACCAGUGCUGAGUCCUUUGUCAACGUCAAGCGGUGGCUUCAUGAAAUCAACCAAAACUGUGAUGACGUGUGCCGGAUAUUAGUGGGGAAUAAGAACGACGACCCUGAGCGGAAGGUGGUGGAAACAGAAGAUGCCUACAAAUUCGCGGGGCAGAUGGGGAUCCAGUUGUUUGAGACCAGCGCUAAGGAGAACGUCAAUGUGGAAGAGAUGUUCAACUGCAUCACAGAACUGGUUCUCCGAGCAAAGAAAGACAACUUAGCGAAACAGCAGCAGCAACAACAGAACGACGUGGUGAAGCUCACGAAGAACAGUAAACGAAAGAAACGCUGCUGCUAAUAGCCCACCCAGCCCACUGCAGAGACUGCGCUGCGGCCGCUCCCCGGCCCGAGGCCCGCAGGGCUCCUCGGGGACAGUCUCAGUUUCGUGCCGUUAUUUAAAGAAUUCUCUCCACGUUUUUGUAUUGGGAGGCGCCAUUGGCACUUCCUCCCCUCCCCCUCUUGAGUGCCAAGAAGGUGUUGGACGACCUGCCCUUCCCUUCUGGUGCCCCUACCCGCCCCCCCCCGCCCCUCCCUCCACCCCCCACCCCACCAGCCAAGGCACCUGGGCCUGGAGAGGACGCUGCCAGCUGAGCGGACUGAUUAACCAGAGUUUGUACAUAAUGUAUAUUGCUUUAACCAGCCGCAUCACCCUCGUCCUGCUCUGGCUUUUGCCUCCUUAAUGCCAGCCUGCUGCGAUAGACCCUCCCCUCCCCUCCCCAUACCAUCUACUGCCAGCCACCUCCCGAGGAGACAAGAUUGAGAUCUAGCCACAUCUUUUGCCAACCUGGGCUGGUGGAGUGGGCCUUCCAUGUUACUUGUUCUCGCCUACAGGCCACUGGCUUCUGCCUCCGGCACGUAGGGUCUCCCCUCUUUCCGGGGCCUGUGCCGAGUCUCUUCCCAAGCCAGCUCCCUUCCCUCCCCACCCCGCCCCCGUAACCAUCCAGGCAGGCAGCUGGGGCAAAGCCCGGCCUCAAGGUAGGCCUGGGGGUUCCCAUUAGAGGCCUAGCCUUUUGGUUUGCAGAAAGAGUUGCUCCUGCCUUUUGGUCACCAGGUCUCUUGUCCUGCCUUCUAGAUGCCUCUGAAUUACAAACCCAGGGGAGCUAUGGCUUUUAAUUUUUACCAACCUGUUUCAGUUCCAACAGAAAGGUAGGGAUGUGUUUGUGCAGGGAUGGGGCUUGCAGAGGUGCUGAGAAGCAUUAUUUUACAGAUAAAAUGAAGGCAAAUCAAAUGGGUUAAGUUCCUCACACUUUCUCUUCCUGAGGUUUGGUUGGCACAGCAGCAAAAUUGUGGCCUCCGCGCUUCGGGUCUGGUGGUUUUGGAAGAGCUGAAUGGCUUCCUGGCGCUGAAGCUGGCUCCUGGCAGAGCAGCUUUGCCUCCCGGGCUGUUCUUGGUGGGAAAGGAGACCGCACCUCCCACCCCGUCUGUCGGCCUAGGGCUUUCCACCGACUUCCUGGGUCUCCGUUGCGGCACCAGGCACCUUCGAAUCUGAGGAGUGGGUGCCAGGGGCUGCUGGACUGUGGGGACAUCGCCUCGGAGGUGGACGGCAGGCAGCCUUGGAGCAGUGACAGAACUGUUUUAAUACAAAGGCAGCAUGAAGAUUUCUUAGCGGGUGGGAAGGAAUGGCAGCCGGGGCUGGGAGCCAGCCAGCUUUGAUCCUGGUCCCCUGGAGGAAAAAGCCAGGGUCAUCUGCACUUGAUUACUGUCCCUCGUGGGACACUUCAUCAUUCACCUUUCCCCUAAAAGGAUCACGUAACCUGGGAAUAAUUUAUUUCAACACCAUGAUGUGUUUUGUUGGAUUUCCUUUCCUAGGCGAUUUUCCAGGCAAAGCCCUGACUGGACAAUCACAUCACACUGCAGAUUUUCCAUGUUAACACUGUCGAUGGGUUUUUAAUCAAUAAAAACAGGGGGUUUCUUCUGACCUGUCCCUCCACUUCCCCAGACUGCCAAAAGCCUGUGCUUGCAUGGCCAGGCCCUCGCUGGAGCCGCCUGCAGAGGUGGGGGAGCCCUGGGCCUGGGGGAGCCGUGCUGUGCAGCGUGGCCACCCUGAAUGACCACAGUCCUGUGGGGGAGGGUGGGCAGCACUCACGUGACGUCAGUGUGGCAGUGCUUGCAGAUUCAAGCAAUAAGGGCAAGGGGUCCUGGAUGUUUCCAGCCCAGGCAAGAAGGCACCGUGGCUCUGGCAACUGGCUGUCCAGACCCAGGUGGUGGGGUGAUUUUGGUGACGACGGUGUGCCUGUCCCACUGAGUGUUGCACGCAUGAAUGGGGGGUGGGGGUGGGGGAUUCACAGGGCUAGACCGACGUCCUGGUGGACCUGAUGUGAAAUUCCUGUCGAACAAAACUUUUAAAUGGUUUGCUAGGAUUAUUUCUGUAUUGAAAGUUUCUAAUUAUGCUUUUUAAAAAAAUACUAAAAAUAAAGGUUCAAGCUGCCAA